UGAACCAAACCGUUGAAAUUUCUGUGUAUGGGAAAUGGCCAAGAGAGAGAGAGCACCACAGCCUUCAAUUUCAAUUCAAUUUACAGUGUUGUUUGCCUUUGAAUUGAAGAAAGAAUUGACUGUUCUACAGAGAUAGAGAGCAAAAAUGUAACUCAGAAAGCUCCUCUAUCUCUCCUCACCAUUCUUUUCUUCACCUGCUCAUCAACUACGACGGCCCUUUUCCACAAACUCCCAAAAGAAUUCAGAAUCAAAUGGGGAGAAAGGGAAGGUGAAAUUUAAAAGGUAAUCCAAUUCCAACACGGAUUCUCGAGAAUCCCCACGAGGCGGCCACCAACAUGUUCUUGUUCUCUCUCUCUCUGUCUUUAUUUGUCCCCACAGUUCGUAGAUUGUAGCCGACGUUUGAAUAAAACAAGGAAGGGAUCGUUAGAAAAAUCUGGAACGCAGAGACAUUUUCUAGGUUUUUUACAACUUCCCCAAUAACCCCAGUUCUCUAAUUAACCAAAUGGUGUACGUGAAUCAGAGUUUCUUACCGCCUGCAUGAUGGGUUUUUAGUUUCCUCCACUGCUGUUACUGUUCCAUGGUUAUCCGUUCACUCUCUCUCCUUAUGAAAUCAAAACUACCAUUCAAAAGUUAGCAGUGGUCGGACUCGGAAAAUUCUGCAUCGAACAGUGGCUCAAAGAUCCGGAAGUUGAGUUCUGAAACCUUUGGAAGGACAGAUCUUCUGCGAAUUUCGGAUUGUCGGGCAUUGGGAAUCGGAAACCCCACUUCCCAUUUCAGCUUCUCUCUCUCUCUCUCUCUCUCUCUCUUUGUAAUUCCGAUUUCUGGGUAUCUGGGAAGGAUUGCGAAUGUCAUGUCCAAGCAAUAGCUUCCGCUUCAAUGGCAGCCUCUGUGCUUGCCCACCUGGCCAACUUCUCAAUCGUACAGAAAACAGCUGUGUUCUCUUCAGCAGCACUUCGGCCAUCACUUCAGGCCGGCUCGAGAACUAUGCUGUUAGCUUCCCUGAGACCAUAGUCUCCUUUGAUUCCAUCAAGAAGAUAACGCAGUCUCAGGCUGUGUUUCUUCAGGCCACUCUCGUCUUGCUGUUUUCUUGGCUCGCCUUCUGCAUAUUCCUUAGAUUCAUGAAGCUUGGGGAUGGCAGAAAUAUCUGGUUCAGGAUGAGAUGGUGGGUUAGCAGACUGGACGUUUGCUUUGCCACAAGACAUUGGCUGGAUGAGCGAAAGGUAGUUACAAAACGUAAAACUGAACUUGGUGGAGCAUUCUCAAUGGGAAGUUGGAUACUUUUUAUUGGCUUGUUUGCUGCGUUGCUUUACCAAAUCAUAUCAAAGAGGAGCAUCGAAGUGCAUAAUGUGAAAGCAGCAAAUGGGCCAGACUUAGCUUCCUUUGUGAAUGACAUGGAAUUUAAUAUAACUGCAGUUUCUACUAUGAACUGUGCAAAUGUUCGUGGUCUUGAUACUGUAGUGUUUGGAAAUCCUGGUUUUCUGGAGCAGAAAGUAAUGCCUCUGUCAAAUUUUGCAAACUACUCCUGUCAAAACAGGAGUGAAGGGCCAACUAUUAGUGUUCGGUGUGAAAGAUGUCGUUUCAUUCAGGACGAUAUUUAUAUAUCAUGGCAGUUUGUUGAUCUUCCAAAUAGUCCUGCAAGUGCUGUUGGAUUUCAGUUUAGCUUCUCUGCAAAGGAUCAUGCUAAAAAAGAUCGAGAAAGUUUUGUUAGUGGAACAUUAAAAAAUGGAAGCAAUUUUGAUGAUACACCAGUUACAUUCAGAGGGAAGAAUGCAAAUAUAGUGCAAUUUAAUCUAUUUCCAAGAAUAUACCGGAACCAACAGGAUUCCAAGCUCAUGCAGCCUUUAUUUCAUGAGUUUCUCCCAGGUUCAUCCUUUCAAAAGACUAGUGAGCUCCAAUCAUCCCUUCAAAAUGUUAAUGAUGGACUACUCAACAUCACCUUGUACAUCAAUCUUCUCUCUUCCUACAUUGUUGAGGUAGAGAGUCAAAGUAUUAUGGGCCCUGUUAGCUUUCUUGCAGAUCUUGGUGGCCUAUAUUGCAUUAGUGUUGGCAUUUUCUUCUACCUUCUGGUGCAGUGCGAGUACAGAAUUAAAAGGCUCCGCAACGAAGACAGUGUUUUGCGUAAAAUUAGAAAUAGAAGAAAAGCACAAGAACAUUGGAAUAAGUUGAGGAAAUAUGUAACGUAUACAUGGGGCUGUAGUACACUGGAGGAUUAUUAUGAUCCGUCAACAACAGGUUGCGGCAACUGCAUGGUUCAAUCAAGUAAGAGUGGAUCAUCACGCAACCGAAGGUUAAGGAAUAGUAGCAGUACUGCUCUCAGUUUUAAGAGAGAAGUAAAUGGAUCUACGAAGAAGAACGCUAAUCAAGAUAUGAAAUCUCCGGAGGCAAGAGCUACCGACCAGGAAAUGAGAAUGAUAGCAACCAAACAAGAGCUUCCUCUGAAACAUCAUGUACUUGGUUCUACCUACGAAGGGAAGCAAAGCUUGACCGUCUCAUACGAGGGAGAUUCUUCACAACUUGGAGACUUUUCUCAUCUUGAAGAUUUUAUUCCCCCACCGCCCUCAAUAGAGUUUAGCGAUAGUUCUGAUAUCGACAUGUUUGAUAUCUUGAAGAACAUGAAAAGUUUGUACGAGUAUAAUGUAAUUCUUAGAGAAAAGCUAUUGUCCACUCAAUCUGAGGUUCGUGCUAUAGCAACCAACUCCACGCCAAAAACCGAGCAUAAAACAUAGAGUGUCUGUAUAUUGAAGCAAACAGUUUACUUCUGAUACUGCACUUCAGUAACCUCCAUCAAGGUUCUCGCAAGGAUGUGGGGAUUUUUCUUUCAACAUCUCCUCGUGAACUUUGCAACCAGGUCUUCUGAAAGUCGAAUCAUAAACAAUGUCUCGUGAGAUUGGUCCACUUGUGCCAAGGAACGGCGAGAAAUGGCUCCGAAACAACAAUCGUAUUUUCUUGUGAUAGUUUUUCUUCAUCCAUCUCGCCGUUUUCCUGUUAGGUUUGCUAGUAGAUGAUUCCUAAUAUGUACAAUUACCACAAUCACUUUAUGCUGUAGCAUCUUUGUUUACGUUGUUCGUUCUUUGCUGGCGCUCGGAUGGCAGAGCGAGAUCAUGCCUAUGUACUUAACUCUGUUGUAAUGAUAUUAACAUUUGUUUGUACAAUGAGUAGAACAUGUGCUACUGCUGGUGAAAGGAAACGUAUCUUUGUGUCUGGUGUUGUAAUCUGCUUAAGAUUACACCUUGCAUUAUUAGUGUA